AUGGCGCGAUUGCGAAAGGAAUCGUUUAGUGAUGACGACCUCGAGUACCUCAGCUCACAGGCAACCAACAUGUCGCUGGACCCGGCAGCUCAAACACCGCAGAAACAAACCAGCAGACCAAAUCACAGUGUUGCUGCGGCAGAUUUGAAGGCUAUGCUCGAGGGCAGCAUGGAGGAUGGAGAGGAGGAGGAGGAGGAGGUCGAGGGUACCAAGCCUGAGGGUGACAAGCCAAAGAAAGAGACGAUCGAGGAUGAGUACACAGGAGGGCAUCAAAGUCAAGCUUCUUCCUCACCAAGUAGAAAGGAGUGCGAUGGAUGCGUGGGCGAGAAAUUGGCGCACAAAAGAAAAGGAAAGGUGACCAAUGGUGGUAUCCUGGCCGAUGACAUGGGCCUCGGAAAGACGCUGCAAAGCAUCUCCCUGAUCGUCAGCAACACGAUGCCUAAACCUGACGAGAAAGGGUGGAAGAAGCAUUUUGAUCAGGUGAAGAAGGCAACACUUGUGGUUGCGCCGCUUGCGCUCAUCCGCCAGUGGGAGGCUGAGAUCAAGGAGAAAGUGACCAAGGACCACGAACUCCGAGUCUGCGUCCACCACGGACCCCAGCGGACAAAAGACCCCAAGAUGUUGGCCAAGUACGACGUGGUCAUUACCACUUAUCAGAUCUUGGUGUCCGAGCACGGGAACAGCCAUUCCGACCCCACAAGGUCGCCUCAGGUGGGCUGUUUUGGCAUCCACUGGUUCCGGGUCAUCCUAGAUGAGGCCCAUAGCAUCAAGAACCGCAACGCCAAGGCGACCAAAGCAUGCUGUGCUCUCCGCUCUGAGUACCGCUGGUGUCUCACCGGCACGCCAAUGCAGAACAACCUCGACGAGCUCCAGUCACUCGUCCAUUUCCUCCGGAUAUCACCGUACGACGACCUGGCCGAGUGGAGAGCCAAAAUCGAUGGACCACUGAAAAGUGGCAAAGGCCACAUCGCCAUCCGGCGGUUGCAUACCCUCCUCCAGUGCUUCAUGAAGCGGCGGACCAAGGAUAUCCUGAAGGAAGAAGGUGCCCUUGUGGCAGGCGGGAAGAAAGCGCUUGACGCGGCUGUGGCCAAGGCCAAGGAGGAAGGCCGGGACGAAACAGACGUACCAAAACCCACCUUCAAGGUGACGCAGCGCAAAGUGGUCACAGUCGAGGCCGAGUUUUCCGAAGCCGAGCGCGAGUUCUACGACAAGCUGGAGGCGCGUGCCGACAAAAGUCUCGAGAAGAUGAUGAAGGGCAAGGUCAACUACGCCAAUGCUCUCGUGCUGCUGCUGCGCCUACGUCAGGCGUGCAACCACCCGCGGUUGUCCGAGACGAAGCUCGAGAAGGACAGCGAGGCGCUGAAUGCCGAUACCGCGCCGCAGCCGAAACCGAGCGCUGCAGACGACCUGGAUGAUCUAGCCGAAUGCCUUUGGUGGCAAUGGGCAUCCAGACGAAGCAAAAAGUCAACAACGAGAGCCCGAGCCGAAAGAAGCCAAAGAAGGAGAACAGGAGAAUCAGCGUUCGUGAAGGAGGAAAUCAAGAUCGAGGAGAUGGCCAAGCGGAAGCCCAAAGGCCGCAAGAUCAUCACCGAUAGCGAUGACGACGAGGAAGAGAUGGAGGGGAGCUGGCUGGUUGGUGAGGACGAGCGUGGUUCCUUGCGGCUGGGUAAGGCCGGCGGCGAGGAAGAUGAAAACGCAGAGGGUGGUGGCGAGGAUAUCGCCUCUGACGAUUCCGACCAUUCCUCAGAAGAAGAAGAUGAGAGUCAACUCGAUAGCUUCAUUGUCAAGGACGAAGAGGGACCAGAGGGUGACCACUCUGCAUCAGGCUCCGAGACCGAUUCAGAUGAUGAGACAUUUGUGUCAGUGUCUAAGCUGCGCUCACAGGCCAUCUCCGAGGCCGCCCCCACCCAGGAUAACGAGGCGGACUACUCGGCCAACGCAACGGCCCCAAACCCCACUCGGCAUAGCAUCGGCACCGGCAGCAGCAGCAACAGCGUCAUGACGUCGGCCAAAAUCCGCGAGCUCCUCUCCAUCCUACGCAAAGAAGCCUCCGUCCACAAAUUCAUCGUCUUCUCCCAAUUCACCUCCAUGCUCGACCUCGUCGAGCCCUUCCUCCGCGCCCAACCAGGGCUCAAAGCAGUCCGCUACGACGGCAAGAUGCCCAACGACGCGCGCGAGGCCGCCCUCCGCGCGCUCCGCACCGACCCACACACACGCAUCCUCCUAUGCUCCCUGAAAUGCGGCUCGCUAGGCCUCAACCUGACGGCCGCGACGCGCGUGGUCAUCGUCGAGCCCUUCUGGAACCCCUUCGUCGAGGAGCAGGCCAUCGACCGCGUGCACCGCCUCACCCAGACGGUCGACGUCGUCGUCUACAAGCUCACCGUCGCCGACACCGUCGAGGCCCGCAUCCUCGCCCUGCAGGACAAGAAGCGCCGCCUCGCCGAGGCCACCCUCGAGGGCGGCUCCCGCAAGAACAAGGGCCAGCUGAAGCUGGGAUUGCAGGAGAUCCUCGAGCUGUUCAAGCACGAUGCGAGGUCGGCGCUGGCGGAGGAUGGUGAUGAUGACCCACAUGGGCCGGGGAGGGAUAGGGUGGUGACGGGUGAUGUGGGGGGGAUGGUGAGGAGGGGGAAGCCGCCGAGGAAGGAGCAUGAGGUUUAUGGGAGGCGGUGGUAG